AAGAAAAAAAAAAAGAAAAGCCAAACGAAGUCGAGGAAACGAACAAAACACUUUUGACUCUAGAGCCACCAGGUCCAGCAGGACCAAAAGUCCAAAUAAUCUACGCAGGUCUGUCACGCCCGGACGCCAGAAAAGAGCAAAAAGCUCCAAAGGCAAGGCAACCCAAGCGCGUCGUCCACCACCACUGUUGCGCUUCCGUCCGCGCCAACCCAGACCCAGACCUGCGAUGCAAUGGGCAAUGGCACAGCAGCAAGGACGGACGGGCGGGCGGGCCCGCCCCACGGCCUCCCCUUCCCUCGCUCCGACUUCCUUCCUUCCUUCCUUCCUUCCCUUUCCUUCCCUCGCAGGCACAGCACCGCAGUCAGCAGCAGCGUCACUCUCCCUCGCCCGCCGCCCUGCAUGCUUCCCUCUCUUGCUGCUUGCUUGGAUCGCCGGCCCUCGAUUCGAAAGGGCCACUCAAGUCAGGCUCUCACUAACCCCGCGAUUAGCUGCUCAUUAACUCCACCCCGGUCCGAAUUGGCAGUGGCUGUAGUAGUAAUCGGCGUCCAUCCAGCAGCCCACAGCCAGCAAGACCACCACCAAACCCAACGAGAGAGCAGCCGAGGCAAUUUAAUGCGUUCCAUCCCCCACACAUCCCCCUCUCUCCCUAGCUACUCUGGCUGUAGAGAGAUAGAUAGAUAGAGAGAGAGAAGAGAUAGAGAGAGAGAGAUAGAGAGCUCUUCUCGUUUCGCCUCGCUGCCAAUCUCGUCGCCGAUCCCCGCCGCCGCCCGCCGCCGGUGCCGGGCCCUCACCGAUCCGGCGCCGCCACGAGCUUCCAGAUCCGCCGCCCGGGCAAUGCUGUAGCGUCCCGCGCCGAGAUGGGCGGCGUCGGUGCCGCCUCGCUCCUCCUCCUCCUGCUGCUGCUCAUCCUCCUCUUCCUCUACGCGGAGGCCUCCGCUCUCCACGCUACUAUAUUGCCUAGCCCAGCACCGAGUCCAUCAAUGCCCCCUGGAGUGAGAUCAUCUGGACCUCGAAUUUCCCCUUCGUAUCCUCCAAGGGCAACGCCUCCAGGAUCUCCUGGCUUUGCUAUGCGCCAUCAUUCGCACAAGCACCCGCACCACAGAGAGUCAAAUCAGGGCCCUGCACCAUCAUCAUCACCCCCACCUGAAGCAGGUUGUUCUAGCUAUAUUUGCACCGAGCCACUGACUGCAACACCAAUUGGUUCCCCUUGUGGUUGUGUUGAGCCUAUUAGUGUUGUCGUUGAUCUGGACUUAGCUCCUUAUCUACUGUUCAUGAGCAUAGCUGAGUUAGAAGUUGAAGUUGCAGCUGGGACAUUUCUUAAACAAAGCCAGGUGAAGAUCAUGGCUGCAGUUGCAAGUAUCCAGGAUGACCAGAAGACACGGGUGACCAUUUAUUUGGUGCCACUAAGAGAACAGUUUGAUACUUAUACAGCAUCCCUAAUAUCUGAUAGGUUCAGGGAUAAAAAGGUUCAGAUAAAUUCAUCUAUAUUUGGAGAUUACAAGGUUAUCAAUGUCAGCUAUCAUGGACUGCAAUCCCCACCAUCAUCUCUGCCUGGAGGAUCGGAUCCUUCAGGAACCGAAGAUCCUAUAACUGCGGAGGUGCCUGAUCAGAAGAAAAAGCACAAGAAAUCAGAUGUUUUGAUCAUCGUGGUAGCGUUAGGGUCUUCUUUUGGACUUCUGUUGACAUGUGCUGUUAUCCUGAUCUUACUAAUAAGAUGGAAGAAACUUGACCGACUUCAUGAGGCUAUGAGCCCUGCAACUACCCCAGCAGUUAAUAGAAGAUAUGGCACUAGAUCAACCUUGUCAACCAGCAUGGUGAGCUCUGCGUCAGCAUCAGUGUUUUCAACAGUGGCUACUUGCACAACAUCUGUAAAGACAUUUUCACUAGCCCAACUUCAGAAGGCCACAGAUGGUUUUGAUUCGAAGAGAGUUUUGGGUCAAGGGGGCUUCGGGCGUGUCUACCAUGGGACAAUAGAGGAUGGAAACGAAAUUGCUGUUAAAUUGCUUACAAGGGAGGACAGGAGUGGUGACCGUGAGUUUAUUGCGGAGGUGGAAAUGCUCAGUCGACUUCACCACCGCAAUCUUGUCAAAUUGAUUGGUAUUUGCAUUGAGCGGAGCAAAAGAUGUCUUGUGUAUGAGCUCAUACGCAACGGAAGUGUGGAAUCCCAUCUUCAUGGUGCCGACAAGGCUCAGGGUAAGCUGAACUGGGAUGUUAGGAUGAAAAUUGCUCUUGGGGCUGCUCGAGGCUUAGCGUAUCUGCAUGAAGAUUCAAACCCUCAUGUCAUACACCGUGACUUCAAGGCCAGCAAUAUAUUGUUAGAGGAAGAUUUCACUCCCAAAGUUACUGAUUUUGGUUUAGCAAGGGAAGCAUCCAAUGCAACUCAACCUAUAUCUACCAGAGUAAUGGGUACUUUCGGUUAUGUUGCUCCAGAAUAUGCAAUGACGGGUCAUCUUCUUGUUAAGAGCGAUGUCUACAGUUAUGGGGUUGUCUUGUUGGAACUUUUAUCAGGAAGGAAGCCUGUGAGCAUCUCUGAGUCCAAGGAUCCUGAGAACCUUGUAACCUGGGCCCGUCCUCUACUAAGCCAUAAGGAAGGCCUGGAGAAGUUAAUUGAUCCUUCUCUGGAUGGAAAGUUCAACUUUGACAAUGUAGCUAAGGUGGCAUCCAUUGCUUCCAUGUGUGUGCACACGGAUCCAUCACAGAGGCCAUUCAUGGGUGAAGUUGUCCAGGCACUGAAGCUUAUCUACAAUGAUCCAGAUGAGGCUUGUGAUGAUUCCUACAGUCCAAGGAAUUCAUCUGAUCAAGACGGUGACUAUGAAGGAGACCUAGUCUUUGAGAGUGGAAGCUGGGGGUUUGAGGCCUCUGGGUGUCUAGACUACCGGAAUUCCUUACCGUUUGUUACUAUGGACUACAGUUCUGGCCGAAUAGAAGGACCGCAUGACCCUCGCGCAGCAUUGUCAGCGGGACCCCAUGUCCAGUCACCAGUGCUGCAGAAUAGAUCAGGCCCCUUGCGGAUGAAGAAAAAGCUGGCCUCCUUUUACCGCUCUAGAGGCAGCAUUAGCGAGCAUGGGCACCUGCCGCGCCAUUGAUCAGUCAAUGAACUAGUGUUAGGCUGUUAGCUUCGGUUGACUUUGGGAUUGAGGCUGCGGGGGUUGUCAUCGCCUCUCGAUGAUUGGUGCCUCAUGUUAGUGUACAGUUCGUGGUGACCCUUGGGCAUGGUGCCUUGGGUAUAGGUGUUUUUUCUUUGCCUUCUGCUUCUUCCCCGGAAGCAAUGAGGAUGGGGUUGGCAGAUGCUCUCUAAUUUUCGCAAAUUGCGGUUCAUUUCUCAUGCAUCUGAUUGGUGUAAUCUGGUUUAGGGAAGUUUCUUGCCGGAAUUCUGGGCAUCAUGUUGUUGUGACUAGGUGUUGUACUGGAUGCAGUUCGUUUGUAAACAGUGCUCGUGUUGGAGAGGUGAACUAUACAGCCGGCUCAGUUCCUCAAAUGUUAGGUGGUACCUGUGUUAAUAAUCUUGUUUCUUACUUUGCC